UUCUUUUUUCUCUGACUGGAACCCCAUACAAUCGUACAUCGCCAUCCUGUUAACUUCGCCAUUCGCCUCUCCUCAAAAAAAAUGCAGACAGCACGACUACAACUCGUCCGUCUAACUGAGGCCCAUGUGGCUGGCUACCACGCCAUUUGGUCCGACCCAGUGUCCACCCGAUGGAGCGCCCACGGCCCAUGCAAGACACUGGACGAUUCCCGACAGUGGAUGUCCAGUCUGUUACUCGACGCGAACCCCAUGGGUGAGAACUAUGCGGUACUCCUUCGGCAAGAUACCGACUUGGAUGACAUCUCCAAUCAGCUCAAGGGGAGUCAAGAAGGCGCCGAUGAUUACAAGCCAUAUGAUCUUUUGGCGCAUGGGGGGUUUAUUGGAUGGGUUGGAACAUGGAGAACGGACCCUCUCCCAGAAGUGGGCUUUAUAUUUCACCGAUCGACUUGGGGGCUGGGGUUUGCAACGGAAGCUUUGAGAGCGUUUGUGGAAUUAUACCGGUUGUGCAAGCCGCAGUUCAAGGUGUUGGAGGCAUAUUGCGAUACGGAGAAUGACGCGUCUGUUAAGGUCUUGCGCAAAUGUGGGUUUGAACUGGUUGACGUGACGAGGAAAGACUACGUUCUUCCUUGGAUGACACCGCCCGAGCGAGAUACAAUGCAGUUUCGUCUGAUCAGGGCCGGUACUGUGGAGGAGUGAAUGAAGGGCUAGGGAAGUUAUAUGUGCUGUGAACUACGCUGGGAUUCCUUUGGAAGGAGUGAUUUUGUGGACAUUUUCAAUAUACCCGCAUGUAUAUGAUUCUCGCUGCCAGAGGAUUUAGUUAUACAUGCCUGUUACUUCUAGACGACCUUUGUUAUCGCAUUGAAUAUUAACUGUAUUCCUUGUUAAAA